AUGGGUGUGUCUCCCCUCUCAAAUGAAGGUGAACACUGCGAAGGUACAUGGAGGGAAAGUAGACUGCAGAAGUGCAAGCCUGUGCAGCUGAGCGUGCCUGUAGGACUAGUAUUGGGGGGUAUCUUAUUCUUUAUCAUCAUAGGUGCAUUGCGCAUGCAUUCAACUGACAGGAGCGUAGCAAUCUAUUGUGAAGAUCAACACCUCUCUGGUCCUCGGCUGUUAAAUCUGUCUGUAUCAAGGUAUCAAGAGCUGGAUCUGAAUGCUCCCACAUCUAUAUAUCACGUCAUUCUGCGCCGGUCUCUUCCAAACAGGAUGAAUGUUCCACUAGUACACAUAACACCGGCACGGAAUGAGAGUAGCAAAGGCUCAGCUAGAAUGGUGCGGUACCUCUCCUUUGACUAUUCAGCUGAUUACACGUCUCCUGUCAUAACAUUGGGGCUCGCUGCAGCUAGCAUGAUCCUACUUCUUGAGUACAACUUGCGUCUUCGCAGAAAGCCUUUAGGAAGACAAGAGAAGCAGACAGACACUAUGUGGGCACCCACUCGUUAG